AUGGUGAAGCCACAGUACAAGGGCCGCAGCACCAUCAACCCCUCCCGCGCCAGCACCAACCCCGAUCGCGUGGGGGGCGCGGGAGGAAACAACAUGCGGGACCGAGCCACCAUCCGGCGCCUCAACAUGUACCGGCAGAAGGAACGGAGAAACAAGCAUGGUAAAGUGAUCAAGCCUCUGCAGUAUCAGUCAACGGUGGCACCUGGCACAGUUGCAAGAGUGGAACCAAAUAUUAAAUGGUUUGGAAACACUCGUGUGAUCAAGCAGUCCUCCCUGCAGAAGUUUCAAGAGGAGAUGGAAAAUGUCAUCAAGGAUCCUUACAGGGUGGUGAUGAAGCAGAAGAAGCUGCCCAUGUCCCUUUUCUACGACCGGAUCAAACCGCACACCUCCAGAGUUCACAUUCUUGACACUGAAACGUUUGAAACAACGUUUGGCCCCAAAUCCCAGAGGAAGAGACCAACUCUUUCAGCCAGUGACGUGCAGGCACUGGUGGAGAAUGCUGAAGCCUCCUCGGAUGCCUACGACCAGGGCAAGGACCGAGACUUGGUGACGGAGGACACCGGCGUGCGGGAUGAAGCACAAGAGGACAUCUAUAAGAAAGGGCAAUCCAAAAGAAUCUGGGGUGAGCUCUACAAGGUGAUAGACUCAUCAGAUGUUGUUGUUCAAGUUCUUGACGCCCGGGAUCCCAUGGGUACUCGCUCCCCUCACGUGGAAUCUUACCUUAAAAAGGAGAAGCACUGGAAACAUCUCAUCUUUGUCCUGAACAAGUGUGAUCUUGUUCCUACUUGGGCUACUAAGCGCUGGGUUGCUGUCCUUUCCCAGGAGUACCCAACGCUGGCUUUCCAUGCCAGCCUCACAAACCCCUUUGGCAAAGGUGCCUUCAUACAGCUUCUGAGGCAGUUUGGGAAGCUGCACUCUGACAAGAAGCAGAUCAGUGUGGGUUUCAUUGGUUAUCCCAACGUUGGCAAAAGCUCUGUGAUCAACACCUUACGGUCUAAGAAGGUCUGCAAUGUGGCCCCUAUUGCAGGUGAAACAAAGGUGUGGCAGUACAUCACCCUGAUGCGGAGGAUCUUCCUCAUCGACUGCCCCGGCGUGGUUUAUCCGUCUGGAGACUCAGAAACAGACAUAGUGCUGAAAGGAGUGGUUCAAGUUGAAAAGAUUAAGAGCCCUGAAGACCACAUUGGUGCUGUGCUGGAAAGAGCCAAGCCAGAGUACAUCAGAAGGACAUACAAAAUUGAUUCCUGGCAGGAUACUGAAGAGUUCCUUGAGAAACUUGCUGCUAGGACUGGAAAGCUGCUCAAGGGUGGUGAGCCUGACAUUCAGACUGUGAGCAAGAUGGUUCUCAAUGACUGGCAGAGAGGCAGAAUCCCAUUCUUUGUGAAGCCACCAAAUGCAGAAGCAGGUCCCCAGGUGAUGCUUCCUCCUGCAUUGGAAGUGGCUGUGCCAUCCAGCCAGGAUAACAGUGAGACAAUCUCUGAGUCAGCAGCACCAGGUGUGGAGCCAGCAGGAGAGCAGAGACAGACAGAGUCUGAAAUGAAACAGCUGAUGGCUCACGUCCGGCAGAACUUUGGGAGGAUUAAUGUGGCACCUCAGUUCUCAGAGGAAGACCUGGUUCCUGUAGAUGUGCCAGGCUUUGAUGGGACAGACACUGACUCAUCUGGGGAGGAGGAGGAGCAGGAAGAGGAAAACGAGCAGCUUCAGAAUUCCAUAGAGGAGGAAUCGCAGUUGGCUGUGCCAGUCGCCAAGGAGAGCCCUAAGGAAGUUCUUAAGGCUUUGGAUGAGAAGAUUGCAAAAUACAAAAAGUUUCUGGAUAAAGCCAAAGCCAAGAGAUUCUCAGCAAUAAGAAUCCCAAAGCAGUUGAGUGAAAAAGUGUUUGCAAAAUCCAUGCAGAAGUCUGAAGAACCCAAAGAAACUGAAGACAGAGGUAAAACCAAGCUUGAGAAGAAAAGGAAAAGGAAAGCAGAAGAGGAAGAAGAUGAUGACAAUCAGCCUUGCAAGAAGCUUACAUCCAAAGAGAGGAGACGAGCUGAGAGGCAGCAGCGCUCCAAGAAAGUCGGAGUCCGGUAUUAUGAAACUCACAACGUGAAAAAUAAGAAUAAGAACAAGAAGAAAACUGGCUUGGAGGGACAAAGAUCAAAGCACAAAAAAUACAAACAUAAGCAGUAA